UUUAUUGGGGGUUGGGGUGGCCUCGGUUCAUUCUCCUUGUUCUUUCUCCCGACCAGAUCGCUCUCUCUUCUGCUGUUAGCUUUGAGUUCGAUUAGGUUUUCAUUUUCUCUACUCUCAGAGCUCCAUCAGCAUCAAUGACGAUCGGUUCAGGAGGAUCCAGCGUCGUUGUUCCUAGGAACUUCAGAUUGUUAGAGGAGCUUGAACGUGGGGAGAAGGGUAUUGGAGAUGGUUCUGUCAGCUAUGGAAUGGAUGAUGCUGAUGACAUAUAUAUGCGCUCCUGGACUGGUACUAUAAUUGGUCCCCACAAUAGUGUACAUGAAGGCCGCAUUUAUCAGUUGAAGCUGUUCUGCGACAAAGAUUAUCCUGACAAGCCUCCAAGCGUUCGCUUCCACUCACGCAUCAACAUGUCAUGUGUAAAUCAUGAGAGUGGAGUGGUUGAGGCCAAGAAAUUCGGAAUACUGGCAAACUGGCAGCGGGAGUACACCAUGGAAGACAUACUGACGCAGCUGCGGAAGGAAAUGGCAGCCCCGCAUAACCGAAAGCUUGUGCAGCCUCCAGAAGGUACCUACUUCUAGUUGGGAUGAACCGUCUCAAUUCUAGGGGUACCUCUUUGUCUAUCAGAAUAUGGGAAUGUUGUAGACUGAAUUUCUCUGCAUAAAAAGUUUCUAAAGUGUCUUGUCUUUGUCCUAAUGGAAGUGAAUGAGCUGAGCUAGCAGCUCGCCGCCUCCGCUCUCUCUCUCUCUCUCUGUGUGUUUCUCGUCUUGUGUGCUCUGUAUUUAGUCGGAACUUCAUGAACAGAGGACAGGUCACUCUUAUUAAUCCUCUGCAUCGCAACUAUAAAUAGAAGCGUGUUAACUUUAUUUGAACCUAA